AUGCCAAAGCGGACAUCUUGUUUGUGGGAAACCGUCGACCGAAGCUACAGUGUUGCCUGCACCAUGCCGCGGCUCUACACACUUGGAGAAGAUUGCAAACAUGGUGAAGUUUCCCCUGCAAAGUUCAGGGGCAAUUCUGGAUGUGGAUCGAUAUUUCAUCAUUACGAUAAAGUCGACCACGAAGAGACGUGCGAGUUCAGGCGAGGAUAUUGUCUUUUGACUACUGACAUCAAUUUACUGGAUGGAGUUGAUUGGGUCAUGAUGCAGAGCUGUUUUGGAUAUCACUUUAUGCUAGUACUCGGGAAGCGGGAAAACAAAAUCGCGGAUGAUAAGAUGCGCAACCGUGUCGCCGGGACGCCAAAAUCGACUUCACGAAGCAACUUUCGACCACGUCGAAAGGAAAGAGUAAGCUUU